AUGAGGUUUUUUAUCUCCACUAUUGCCGCGGCGGCCGCCCUCCUCGUAUCCAGCGCUCUCGGUUCUCCCGUCUCCAGCACUACCAAACCCUCUGCUCAACCUAACAGCACUACCAGCAUGGCAGAACUUAUGAGCGCCAAGUAUAAUGGACCCAUGAACGCCCUCGACGACAACAUCGCCGGGUGCGGCGUCAAAAACAGGUACGGCGCCUACUAUGCUGCCAUUUCCGAGGAGCUCUACGGAAAGAUGGACGCGAACGGAAACUCGCCAAUGUGUAACAAGUGCAUUUUAAUCCAUGGUGUGAAGGAUGUUAUUGUCGAGGUUAUUGGUUUGUGCGAGGGCUGUGAUGAUAAUACUCUGGAGAUCUCGGAUAAGGCCAUGGAGGAUGUGGUCAAUGGCCAGAGCACCAUGUCGGAUGAUCUGGACUGGCAGUUUGUCAAUUGUCCUGGAUUCUAA